CAUACAGCAGCAGAGCAAGUGAAUAUUCUCGGACUUUCUGCGGACAGUCGGCUACGUUGACAACUAUAACGAUCUGUUAGACCGAACCUUCAUGUAUUUAUUUCUAAGUUCAUCGAUUUAAAAUGUCAGGACAGUCUCGGGACAAUGAUAACAAAUUCCGAUGAGACUCCAGCGGCUGAGUGCUGUAAAUGAGCAUUUGGGAUAAAUAACUUAAGGACAGUUUAAUGAACUCCAGCCUCGCGCUUCAUGUUUCAGAAGCCGGUGGAUCAUUUCAGUGAAGUAGUUGAAUAUUUUUGAUUAUAUCGACACAUGGAAGCGAUGGUUCAGGUAUAGUGAUGUUUUAGGUAGAGUGUUGUGAUGGGUAAAGAUUAUUACAGGGUGCUGGGGAUCGAGAAGGGCGCCUCGGAUGAGGAGAUCAAAAAAGCGUACAGAAAACAAGCGUUAAGAUUUCACCCCGACAAAAACAAAUCGGCCGGAGCUGAAGAUAAAUUCAAAGAGAUCGCAGAAGCUUAUGAUGUACUGAGCGAUGCCAAGAAGAAGGAUAUCUAUGACCGAUAUGGAGAGGAUGGGCUUAAAGGACACGCCGGCGGCGGAAGCAACGGCCCCAGCUACACUUUUCACGGCGAUCCGCACGCCAUGUUCGCCGAGUUUUUCGGCGGCCGCAGCCCGUUCGAUCAGUUCUUCGCAUCUCAUGGGGGCGUAGAUGAUGACAUGGACAUCGAUGACCCCUUCGCUGCUUUCGGAAUGGGAGGUAUGGGCGGUUUCCCCAGAUCCUUCAAAUCCCGCGUGGGCGGACACGGGUGCCGGGAAAAGAAGAAAGAUCCCCCGGUCGUGCACGAGCUCAAGGUGAGUCUCGAAGAAGUCUACUCCGGGUGCACGAAAAAAAUGAAGAUAUCGCGCAAGAGGUUGAACCCGGACGGCUGCACGGUGCGCACCGAAGACAAAAUUCUUACGGUGGACAUCAAACGUGGCUGGAAGGAGGGGACUAAGAUUACCUUUCCCAAAGAGGGAGACGAGACGCCGACCAACAUCCCUGCUGACAUAGUCUUUGUGGUGAAGGACAAGACACACCCUGUGUUUCGGAGGGAAGGCUCUGACAUCAUUUACUCUGCAAAGAUAUCGCUUAAAGAUGCUCUGUGUGGCUGUACCAUCAGUGCUCCCACCCUGGAUGGCCGAACUGUCACAGUGACAUCACGUGAUGUCAUUAAACCAGGCAUGAAGAAGAGGAUUGUGGGAGAGGGACUUCCGCUGUCCAAAUUUCCUGAAAAGCGAGGAGACAUGGUGCUGGAAUUCUUAGUGAAAUUUCCAGACAGGUUAGCAGCGGGUACUCGUGACGCUCUGGUUCAGAUUCUGCCACCAUGAUCGGUGUUUGACCACCGGAGGAGGGACUGCAAGAGCCCGUGCUCACGUCAUGUGAUCUGGCCGGUCUGAUUUACAAGAUAUUGAACUUGAAAGCAUCCGUUAGAAAUGUACAAAAUAAGUCAAGCUCGGAGAAACAUAACAGAGCUUCAGUAUGUUAAUUUAUAACCCCCUUGCUUACAAUGCAGUGCACUUUUUCAGACCACUGUGAAGCAUUUCAGAAGAAAUAUAUUGACUCGCUUACAUGAUUUUUCAACCUUUAAGUCAACCUUUCUGUUUUGAUCUACCUUUUUAUGGCUUCAGGUUACUAAAUUUGUGUUUAGUAUUGUGUUUUCUUAUAUUAAAAUUUAGGUUUUGAACUUGAAACAAAAUCGUCGGGAUUGAAAAAAUUGCCAUAAAUUCUUUUCAUUUUCUAAUUCAAUAUGUACCGAGCCCCUAAGGUAACAUUGGAGUAAAAAAAUCUAAAGUUUAGUUUCAUGUGCUCACGUGAAACUUUCAUGUGCAGAAUUUUUUUAAAGUUUAGUUUUGUGUGCGCACGUGAAACAUUCGCUUUCACGUGCGCACGCGAAAAUAAACUUUAUUUAAUUUUUUCUCCAUGUCCCCUUAGGGGCUCCGUAAAUUUGAAGUUAAAUGACAGGAAGAGGAAUUUAGUAAAUUGGAAUUAAAAUUGAACUAUUAGACACCACAGGGAUUUCAAAUAUACACGAUGAUCUACGUCUAUGUUUUUUAUUUGUAAAUCUGCUUUAUGUUCUUAGGCCCAAAUUUUUUUAGACUUGGGGUAAAUUUUGGGUGCCAUUUCAAUUCAGAUAAUGAUUAUGAAUCUAAUGUUUCUGAAAAUACCUCAUAUGUUGUGUUGUGUGAAUAUUAAGGGAGUUCCCUUGCUGUCGCCUCAAGCACCAGAUGGCGCAAAGAAUGAAUGUGUGAAUAUUAACCCUUUUAUGGCUAACAUGGAAAACUAUAUAUAUAUAUAUAUAUAUAUAUAUAUAUAUAUAUAUAUAUAUAUAUAUAUAUAUAUAUACAUAUAUAUAUAUAUAUAUAUAUAUAAAAUGACCUUAAUUUCUUUCAUUUCAAUUCCACUUGAAUUCUGAUAUGCCGUUGUGUGUGAGCAAUAUCUGAUUUCAAAUUCGUACUUAUGAUCUUUCAUUAAAUUUACAUGCCAUUCUCAACUCUUAUUUUGACUGUUGCCCAAUCUUGCUUUCGCGAAAUCAUCACUGAAGAGCAUCACACAAAAGAUUUCUUCAUUCAUAAGCGUCACAAAUUGUUUGAAUGUAUAGUGAAAGGGUCAACAGGUUCAUGUGCAGCUGUAGAGCUGGUUUGGCUGUAAUAGCAGGUUUGACUACCUGUGAUUCAUUUAAAAAACUUCACAAAGCCUCUUGAGCAUUUUCAUCACUGUGCUUCCAGAGCUCUGUAUCAUAUAAUGCAGACAGCACUCGCUCACAGUUAGGACUGUCUUUACAGAUGAUCUUAUCAUUUAAACCCAGACUGCUCCUGGGAGAACAUCCCUGCAAUUGAAGUACUGUUGGUUGUUAGAUAACAGCAAAGAAGUAGUGAAAAUGCCUAAAUGUUGCUUUAAGAGGUACUAACGGAUAGGGCUGGGUAUCGAUUCAGAUGUUCCAGAUUCGGUUUCGAUUCAAUUUUCGAUUCCGGUUCUCGGGUCGAUUUUAUAUAAAUAUAGAUUUAAUACAAAUACUAUAUUAAUAAAAAAGAACAGUGAACAGCAGUUUACAAGUGGGUAAUUAACUCUAUCGUCAUCGUCUUGCUUGCGAAAUCUAAAAUGCUUCCAUACCUCUGACUUUUUAUGUAAAGGUGGCAUCAACGUCAAUGAAGCACCUGAAGCACCGCCAUUUUAAGCACUGAAAGAAUGAAUGACAAGGCAAAAAAGAGGAUGACAUCUAGUGAAGAAGACUAGUAAUUAGAUUAACGUUAAUCUUACGUUCAAUGUUUACGGAAAUAAAUAUGAAAGAAAAAAAUCUAUGCUGUUCUUUGAGAAUCGAUUUUAAAUCAACCAUGUUUAAAAAAAACUAUUAAUCGGAAAAAAAAACAUUUUUGCCUAGCCUACUAAGGAUUGACUCAAAAAAAUAUUUUUUGAUCUUAACAUAUGAAUGUCUGUAGUUGAGUUAUCUGGGAUAGGAGGAAUCAUCUUAACACCAACACUUUUCUAAACAAAUUUCCAAAUAUAACAUUGGCAUCUUAAAAAAAAAGGUAACACUGGAAGUUGACUUAUUUUAGCCAUAUUUGCAAUUACAAAUUGAUUUGAUGUAAAUGUGUCAGUGUAUGAAAUCACAAGUUUCACUUAAGUUCAUAUCGUCCUAGUAAAGUAACCACAGGUGUUGUUCAUUACAAAUGCUGGGUUGUUUUUAACCCAGGGCUGGGUCACUAUUGGACAGAACACACUGCCGGGUUAAAAUGACCCAACUGCUGGGUUGUUUUAACCCAAUUGCUGGGUUAUUGUCAAUCAACCAUGUUGAAACAACCCAGCAUUUUUUUUGUGUGUUAUAUAAACUGCUUGAUGGAUGUGUUCCACUCAUGUUUGAAAACUAAAGGUUGCCCCAAAUCUUUUUAUUUUAUAUUUUCUAUCAUUUAAAAUCUCACAGAUUACAUUUUUAUGAAAUGUUUUAUUUGAAAUGUGUGUGAUCUGCCACAGGUUUGAUAUUUUUGGGGAAUUUAAAGUUCAGAAUCUUAAAAUUGAGCAUAAACCUUCUGCGGUUUCUUGGACAGGGUUUAUCCUAGUCCCAGACUAAAAUGCAUGAUUGAGUUGCCUUAAUUUCAAAACACCUUGCACUGACAUAUUUUAACACAUAUUAGUACCAUUGUUUUGUCUCAAAAUGCACAUCAGUAUUGUUGUUUGUGAGGUAUGUUUGUAAACACUACUUAAAUGUCCUAAAAUAACUAAGGCCUAGUCCUGGAUUAAUCUAAACCCUGUCCAGGAAACCGCCCCGUCAUAUGUUAUUGCUUGAAAUUAUUCAGUCAAGAUCCUGUGCAUAUCUUCAGGGUUAUAGUUUAAUAAUGUGUUUUAGACAUGAAAGCCCUGCUGAAUAAAAAAAACAAUAUAACCCAUCACAGAAAUAAUUUUGGUUCCAUGAAAACUUUUGAUUAGCUUUUUAUAUUUAAAACCAAUACAAAAUUCCUUGUAUUGUGUUUUGGGACAUAUUACAAUGGUCCCAGCAUUGGAACCCAACAGUUAGUUAGUUUCCAUUACAACCAGUACAAUUCCCAUUAAAACCAUUAAAUCCAAUAGAAUUUCUGUGAUGGUUUCUAUAGUUUGUGUGUUUUUAGCAUGGGGAUUUUGCUUUCAUCUUAAUUUUAUUUUAUUUUUUUAUUUUUUUGAGCAAUUACAGUAUUUGUGCCAAAAUUGUUAACUGGGUAUGCAGAAUAAUUGGGGAUAAUCUGUGAUGUUAACAUCUCAUAAUGAUAAGAUUAGGACCAUCAAAUCUUUCAAUAUUAAAAAUAUCAAGGUUAGAUUUUUUUUCCACAGAAUGUUCUUUACAUUAUUUUGAAUGAUUUUAUGUAGAAAACACAAAAAAUGACUUUAGCUGUUUUCACAUGCAGCGUCACAUAUGGACACUUAGUGUAAAGUACCUCACACACUUGCUAUCUUGUAAAAUUCAACUACCGUAAACAGGUUUUGGGUUGUUUUGAAGUAAUACUUGUUUAACCUGUAAAAGAAAUACUUUUUACAGCUGGUCUUUUUUAGUCACUUAAUAUGACAUGCAUUCUGAUUCUAUCCUUUAUUCAUGCAAAUUAAAGCUUUACAAUGACCGUA